AUGCAUUUCCACCGCCAACAACAACAAGUCAAAAGAUUCCACGUGACCCGAGUUCUUGCACUCCUCUCGAUGUUGUUGCUCGCAAUGAAAAACAUCCAAUCGCAGACUGGAACGCUACUAGAGUUCAGCCAUGAUUCCUCUGUCCCUUAUUCUCCAUCCCUUUCGGGAUGGAGAUCUCAGCCCUGUAUCACAGUCCUGGAGACUAAAAUGUCUUUCCGGUCCUAUCUUCUCGCAACGGAUCGUAAAGCAAAUUGCGUUUUCAGAAUCCGGUCUCUGCAUGUGGGGAAGAUCUUCCGUUUCAACGACUCAGCUGGCCACGCCAUGGCUGCUUCGGUAGUAAGGGUAUAA